ACAAGUAGGUACCUAUCUAGCAAAUCUGUAGGAAUUGGAAUUGUUUGUGUUUUACUUAAUGUCCGUAACGUAAAAUAAAAUCUUUUUGGUUCAAUAAUUCGGUAUUUUAUAAAUAAAUUUCUUGCGUGCUCUCGAUUUUUUACCUGCCUUUUCAACUUUGGUGUAAUAUUUAAAGGCUAGAUUUUGCAAUGAGUGAUAAAGAAUCAAACAAGGAUGAGAAAAAGCCCAUAGUUAUUAAGAAUGCAACAGAUCUUCAAAGACUCAAAUUAGAGAAACUUAUGAAAAAUCCAGACAAGCCAGUAAUUAUACCAGAGCCACCAAAACAGAAGUCUUUACCUUCUGCGCCAGAUUUCGUGCGAAAUGUAAUGGGAUCAAGUGCCGGUGCUGGAUCUGGAGAAUUUCACGUAUACCGACAUUUAAGGAGAAAAGAAUAUGCAAGGCAAAAAUUCAUACAAGAGAAAAGUGAGAAGGAGAAACUAGAAGAGGAAUAUCACAGGAAAAUUGAAGAAAACAGAAGAGCAGCUGAGGAAAAAACAGCAAAGAAGAGAGCAAAAAGGUUGAAGAAAAAGAAUAAAGCAAAGUUGAAGGGCAAGAAGCCAAAAACUGAAAACAUUCAACAAAAUACUUCAUCACAAUCUGACGAUAGCAAUGAGGAAGAUGAUGAAGAAUUAGUAGAGCACAAAGAGACAGAACAAAAUAAAAAAAAAGAACAAGAAUUUAGUAAAAGUAAUGUAAUAACUGAUAAUAGAUCAUAGCAAAGUGAAAAUAUUGAAAUAUGAUAUUGUUUUAU